AUGACAGACCAGAACCCGUCCACAAAACAAGUCACCAUUGUGGUUGAGCAUUUGGACCCUGAAUUGGGGGCUUGGUCGGCCUUGGAAUAUGGCUGCAUCGCUCGCGAAUCGCAUAAGGCUGGCAGCAAAUUUCUCCUUAGCUCGGUGCCCACUACCCUGCAGAUGCCAGAGGAUCUAGCUGCGACAGAAGGACUGAAAGUCGAGCACCGCAGCAUUGAAGAGAUUUUUGCCGAUCGAAAGUCUAAGAUCUGUCUGUUAGACCCCGCGGCUCAGGCUGAAUUGAGCCCCGCCGAUGGAGAAAUUUUUGAAGUGUUCCUUUUCGGGGGUAUCCUUGAUCGCACGUCGGAAUUGAGAAAGAAGGGUUAUGUCGGAAGGCGACUCGGUCCCAAACAGAUGACGACGGAUACAGCCGUGCGUGUCACUCGCAUGGUUGUGCAUGAGAAAGGUUCAAUCACUGACUCGAGAUCCCACCUACCCAUGAUUAUGUGGAAAACUAACGAUUCAGCAGUGCCUCUAGAAAAGAUCCAAUAUGUCGAUUACCCGGAGAUUCUUAUCAAUGAGCAUGAACGAACUGAGAUGCCCUUCCGCUACGUGAGAGGGGAUGAUGGACAACCUAUAAUGCCUCAGGGGAUGGUUGACCUUAUCAAAGAGGGCGCCGAUCAGGGCAUUGGUGAUCUUUUCUGA